ACGUGGUCGCCUGCGCGCAGCUUUUGAAAGCGAUGGCUAGGUUUAGACAUCGAUCGCCUGCACACCCUCCGCACCGACGCCGAGAACCGGAGCAAAACAGUGGCGCCGUCUCUUCCCUCGAUAGAUCGUCGGUUCGCCGCGGCCUUUCCGGAUCUUGUAAGGGAAGGUUUUCUGGCAAUCAAUUCAAGAUGGGAAAGGGAACGGAUAAGCAGAUUAACCUCUUUUACUGCACGGAGUGCGAAGAGCUCGCGAGGAAGGUGUGCGAUCAAUCCGAUGCCAUUCAACUCCGUACCAUCUCGUGGAGAAAUUUUGAUGAUGGGUUUCCUAACAUUCUCAUCAAUAAUGCUCACGAUAUAAGAGGGCAGCAUGUGGCCUUUUUAGCCUGUUUUAGCUCACCAGGAGUCAUUUUUGAGCAAAUAUCUGCAAUAUUUGCAUUGCCAAAGCUCUUUAUUGCUUCUUUCACCUUGGUAUUACCAUUCUUCCCAACUGGUACCUUUGAGAGGAUGGAAGAAGAAGGUGAUGUUGCUACAGCUUUUACAAUGGCACGCAUUUUAUCUAUGAUUCCCAAGUCUAGAGGCGGCCCAACAAGUAUUGUCAUCUACGAUAUACAUGCUUUGCAGGAAAGAUUCUAUUUUGGAGAUGAUGUCUUGCCGUGCUUUGAGACUGGGAUUCCGCUACUGCUGAAACGGCUACAGGAACUUCCCGACGCUAACAAUAUUACAAUAGCAUUCCCUGAUGACGGAGCAUGGAAGAGGUUUCAUAAACAGCUACUGCAUUUCCCAAUGAUUGUCUGUGCAAAGGUUCGCGAAGGUGACAAAAAAAUAGUCCGAAUCAAGGAAGGAAACCCAAAAGGUCAACAUAUCGUCAUCGUCGAUGAUUUGGUACAAUCCGGCGGCACACUUAUCGAAUGUCAGAAAGUUUUAGCUGCCCAUGGAGCCGAAAAAGUGAGCGCUUAUGUCACUCAUGCUGUCUUCCCUAAUCGAUCAUGGGAGAAAUUUUUGCACAAUAAAUUCGAAGGCUCAGGAAACCAGUUUGCUCAUUUCUGGAUGACAGAUUCAUGUCCUCUUACAGUGAAAGCCAUUGUUGAUAGGCCUCCGUUCGAGGUUAUCAGCCUUGCUGGAUCUAUUGCCAAUGCCUUGCAAAUUUAAAAUAAAUGUUGUAUGUUUCGAACGGUUCUCCAAAAGGCUUAUUGAGAGAAAUAAACCACGUGAUUUUGCAAAUUAUCAUUAAAUCUAUACAUAGUUUUUUU